AUGAAAUCUAGUAAACGAAGACUUCAAGCGCUCACGGAAAGUUCUGAUGGACUACCCAAUUACAUUAAAAUGGACGAUUCAGAAACAUCUAUACCGCCAGUACUUAGAUCCCGUUUGCAUGAUCUAUUUUCUCAAAUAGAAAAAGAGUUUGACCUUCUUUAUGCAGAAAAUUUAAAUUUGCAAGAAAAAAUUGAUAUACUCAGUGAAAAACUCGAAAGAGAGAGUUAUGUUGGAGAUAGACAAAAUCAGGAUUAUAUAGAAUUUGAAACUUCUGGAAAGAAUUCUAAAGUAAAAUUGACUCAAAGUAACUCUCAAAAAGUGAAGGCAAGCCACAAGCUUCGAGUUCAGACCAGUAAAAUAGUGUCAAGUUUUAAAGCACCUACAUAUAACUGUCAACUGGUAAGAGAGUUCACUGGACACAAGGAUGGUAUCUGGGAUGUUUCAUCUGCCCGACCAGGCCAGGCACUUAUUGGAACUGCAUCAGCAGACCACACAGCAUGUGUAUGGAGUGUAGAAUGGGGAAAGUGCUUGCUACAAUAUACAGGACAUUCAGGAUCCGUCAAUUCUAUCCGUUUCCAUCCAACAAGGGAUAUAGCUCUCACCAGUAGUGGUGACAAUACUGCUCAUGUUUGGCAGGCUGCGGUUAAUUGGGACCUUCCACGAGGGCAAUCUUCUGAGGAAGAACUAGAGGGUGGUGCCGAAGAGAGUCUGGGUGAUGGAGGGGACCGGCCAGAGGUCCUACGUACGCCUCUUACCGAGUUGACUGGUCACAUUGGUGUGGUGGUAGCAGCUGAUUGGCUGACCGGUGGUGAUCACGUGAUAACCGCCUCUUGGGAUAGGACUGCCAACCUGUAUGACGUUGAGACCGGCGACUGCUUGCAGAUUCUCACUGGCCACGACCACGAGCUAACGCACGCCUCGGCCCACCACAGCGCUCGGCUGGUGGUGACUGCUUCGAGGGACACAACUUUCCGCCUCUGGGAUUUCCGUGAGCCGAUUCACUCCGUCUCCGUGUUCCAGGGUCACACAGAAAGUGUCACGUCUGCGGUGUUCACACGAGAGGAUAAAGUGGUUUCAGGGUCUGAUGACAGAUCCGUGAAGGUGUGGGACGUGCGCAACAUGCGCUCGGCGCUAGCCACCAUCAGGUCCGACUCCUCGGUGAACCGGGUGGGCGUGAGCGGCGGCGGUCUGAUCGCGAUACCGCACGACAACCGCCAAGUGCGCCUCUUCGACCUGCAGGGGCAGAGGCUCGCGCGCUUGCCCCGCUCCAGCCGGCAGGGACACCGGCGCAUGGUAACAUCUGUCGCGUGGGCGGAAGAGAUAUCGAACAUUAACUUCUUCAGCUGCGGCUUUGACCGCCGCAUCCUUGGAUGGUCUAUUCAGCCAUCGAAGGAAAAC